AGAGUCACCGACAGUGUGGCCUGUUGGUUCUCCACCCGAUUAGUGCGCGAAUGCGCUUGGGAGUCGCUGGACAAACCAGCCCACGGAGGAGCUUUUUCAGAGCCUAAAUUCCGUUUUUGUCCGUCAUUGUGAUAGUAAAUCGAUCUCUUCACAGCUCCUCGAAGCGGAUGGAGUGAACCGUGCCAAAAGAGGAGGGGGUAGUCAGACUGCAGCUCGGUUGCGUGUGAUGAUAGGAGACACAAUGACGCUCCUGUCUCUUUUGGGUCGGAUCAUGCGCUAUUUUCUUCUCAGGCCGGAGACGUUGUUCCUUCUGUGCAUCAGUCUGGCGCUGUGGAGCUACUUCUUUCACACCGACGAGGUGAAAACCAUCGUCAAGUCCAGCCGGGACGCCGUGAAGAUGGUGAAGGGGAAAGUGGCGGAGAUGAUGCAGAACGACCGCUUCGGAGGCCUCAGCGUCCUGGAUGCGGAGUUCUCCAAGACGUGGGCGUUCAAGAACAACAACGUAGCCGUGUACUCCAUACAGGGCAGGAGGGAUCACAUGGAGGACCGGUUCGAGGUGCUCACCGACAUCACCAACAAGAGCCACCCGUCUAUAUUCGGGAUAUUCGACGGUCACGGGGGAGAGGCUGCAGCUGAUUAUGCCAAGGCCCACCUGCCUGAGUCUCUGAGGCAGCAGCUGCAGGCCUUGGAGAGGGAGAAGAGGGAGAGCGCUGUCUCUUACGCCAGCAUUCUUGAGCAGCGCAUCCUGACUGUGGAUCGGGAGAUGCUGGACAAGCUCUCCGCCAACCAUGAUGAAGCAGGUACAACAUGCCUGAUGGCUCUGUUGUCAGACAGAGAGCUCACUGUGGCCAACGUCGGAGACUCUCGCGGAGUGUUGUGUGACAAAGACGGGAAUGCCGUUGCGCUGUCGCACGACCACAAGCCAUAUCAGCUGAAAGAGCGCAAGAGGAUCAAGAGAGCAGGAGGCUUCAUCAGUUUUAAUGGAUCCUGGCGAGUUCAGGGAAUCCUGGCCAUGUCUCGCUCCUUGGGGGACUACCCUCUCAAGAACCUCAACGUGGUCAUUCCCGACCCAGAUAUAAUGACCUUUGACCUGGACAAACUACAGCCUGAGUUUAUGAUCCUAGCAUCUGACGGUCUUUGGGACGCCUUCAGUAAUGAGGAGGCAGUGCGCUUUGUCCGCGAGCGCCUGGACGAGCCUCACUUCGGUGCCAAGAGCAUCGUCCUCCAGUCGUUCUACCGCGGUUGCCCCGACAACAUCACAGUCAUGGUGGUAAAGUUUAAAAGUGGAGCUGGGGGCAGUAGCAAGGCCGGUGUGUAGGUCUGGGGAGCUCACACUGUGAUCAGAAGGAUUUUUUUACCCCUCGUCUGGAUGCAGCAGGAAGGUUACAGGAAAGCUGAGGUGUGUACUUAUAACAAGUCGGCACAUAAAUUUCCUCAUGUAAAAACAAAGCUAUGUUUUUCAAUUGUCAAUUUAUUCAGAAAAGGACAUUUAAACAUACUGUAACUAACCUUUGUAUGAUUGAUCAAUUCUUGGAAAAAAAACAAAACAUAAGUGCAUAGUAAGUACAGAACUACUACAGACACAGGGGAUUUUCUCUUAACCAGCACAUACCAGACUGUGACUGCUUUACUUCUGUUUACUAUAAAUUGCACAUGGACAGUACAACUCCACUGGAAGCUUUUUACGGGAUGCUUUAAGGAAAAACUGUGUUACUAUAGGAAGGUGCUAAAGCUGUAAAUGCAAAACCACAGGCUUGUGGUAAUAUGAUGAUGCUCUGAAUUGUAUGUAUCUAAUCUUUCUUAUUGAACAGAAGCAGUUUGUCAUAUUAAACAACAAGGCUGCAGAAGAUCCAAUAUACUUAAUUAACUUGAAGCAUUGCUGUGCACAGAUCUAACCUUUGAGUGUACAAAACUUACUCCCUGCAUACUUGAAUGGUUCCUGUUUAGUGUUGACAGUCUCGCCCGUAGCAUGCAUUCAGCAUUAAUGCAUGCUGAACUGCAUGGAUUCUAUAAAUAAGCUGUCGACACGACCAGUAGGGCGGCAGACAACACAGUGCUCCUGCUGUGACUUUGGAGGUCCUUUACUUAUCGAACUCUUAAGAAGCACAUGUUUCUACAUCUGUAAGCUGUCUUCCAAAAAGUAGUCAAAAACAAGUGCAAAUGAUAAAAGGGAAGCCUCUUUAUUGCAAAUUCUGAAAUGAAAAAUUAAAUAGCUAAUUGUUUGUUUUUUUCAAACAAAAUAGAAUUUGCAGUUGAUUAUUUUUAAUAAUCUUAGUUUUUUUUUUUAUCCUAAUGUGUAAUCUAAGAUUUCACCAAGUCCAUACAACAAUUAUACUAUUGUUUGUUUGUUUUGUGUUACAAAGUCAUAUGAAGACGCACAAAUAAAUAACGCGCCUGCAUCACCUUCCUGCAUCUGAAUGUCUGAAUGGAAAAGACAAAUCCUGAUCUUCAGGUAAACCAUCAAUUUUCCACAUAUAUCAUAGCAUUCUGUGGCACUACAGACUUUCAGCUUUGAGAUGCUGUGGAAUUAUUGCAGCAAUGACCUUAUAAGAACAUUUCGACCUACAAUAUGCAGACACUCUAUCUAGGCUGAAGAAGAUUUGAUUGCCUCGGCUGAGUGCUUCAAGUGACUCCAGCUGCUCUAAUUGUUUUGGCUAAUAAUCAUUUGACCACUUUAUGACACUUGUGGUCCCUAAAGCAAAGUGUGCUUCCAUUCUCAGAGAGUCAAGAAAAACAGAAUUUAAAAGGAAACAGUGAUUAUACAAAGUGGGGCUGCCUCAAACCACACACACACACACACACACACAUACUACAUAGGUGUAACACAUCCUGAUUUUUUACAAAAUACACUACAUUUCUAUCUGUUCAGACCCAUGUCAAAUGCAUUCUUUAGAUACACGUACAUUCAAGGCUGGAUAAAUAACAGCAUGGCAUAAGUUCUUGAUGAUCCUGACUGUUAGUUUUGUCACAGCAAAAAAAUAAAAAUAAAAAAAUUAAAACGUUGGUUGUUUUGUGUCAGCUGAUGCACAUUUGGGCUGUUGUUUCUCGCUAAUGUUUAUGUUACUGAUUUUCCUGGAAGUGAUCGCUAAAUAGCCUUUGCAAAGCUGAGAUCAUCGAUGUAAAUGGGUUUUUUUUCUGUGAACAGGCUUUGAUGGAGUUGUUUAAAAGGUUUCCAUCAAUUUUCUUUCUCCUUUUCCUUUGCAGAAUGACCCCUACUGAAAUCUAAUUCCACAAAAAUAACUUUUUUUUUUCCCCCCUUUGGAUUGUUUUAACUCUUUCAAGUCUGCAGAAGGUGGGCGGCACUCAAAGAGAAAUUAUGGCCAAAAUGCCUAGUUCAUUUGUUAAACAUGCACAUAAAAGCUGGGAAAACAAAGUAGUUUUUCAGAGUGCUCACUUUUAAUGGUUAUUUGGACAUAUCAGCCAAUAGUAACAGUACCCUUAGUAAUAUUAAAAGGUUUUUAUGUUUGUAAAACCUGAUUUCAGUAUCUGAAAUCUACAUCUUUUCAAUGUUUUCACCAUCUGCAGCAUCGCAAUGUUAAUGAACAAAGUACUGUACUUAAAGUGUUUGUCAUAGCGCGCUGUUUUUGACCAGAUGAGCACACAAGACUUUGGGUGGUGAAACAAAUGAGAUGAUGAUUCAUCGUGAACUCCUUGCCUAUAAAGGGAAUGCUGCUGGUAAUGAAGGGAAUAUGCUCUCAAAGCAAUACAGCUGACUUCACGGGCAGCAGCGACAUGUCAGAGAAAGUUCCAGUAAGCCACACUUGAUUUGCUACUGCUUUCACUUCCUACUAUUACCACUAUAUACCAUGACUAUGUUAUCAUCUGAGAGCAACCAUAAAAACUUUUUUUUUAUUUUUUAUUAAACAGGUGGUUACCUGAUGCCUUAUUUAUUGAGUUUUUGGAUGUCUCUGGCAGAUCGACAAGAUCUGCAUACUGUAUGUUUAAUCUCUGUCCUGUACCUCAGUAGAAGUUUACAAUAAAAACAUUUUACUCUGA